AUUUUAAUCACAGACACACACGUGUACACUACAACUUUAUUCACCUAUUACUAAUCAAACAACUCGCUCUAACUGGCGCCAAACAGCUGCAGUUAACGAUGUUAUGAUAACUGAAUGUUAGCAUUAGCUGGCUAGCUGUAGGGGGCGCGAGUGAGCGCGGGAAAACCGCGAAGAAACACACGAAGAAGAAAAUGCGAUGAAAACAAACCGCCGCUCCUCAAAUUACAGCGACUAAUUAAUAUUUAUGUAAUUAUCCUCAUUACCGAGGCUCGGUUUAACGUCACAGCUCGACUCGCGCGCACUCAUUUAACAGCACGGCUCUGAAUUGGCGCCAAAAAGCAGCUGCACAGCUCGCGACAGAGCGUUAGCCGGUUAGCUUAGCUUCCACAGUGUUGACGUAGUUUGUUUAAAAACAAACAAACAAACAAACAAACAUGUCGGACGACUACGAGUUCAGCGACGACACCACCAUGAUGAGGAUGGAGGAGGACGGAGAGGCCAACAGCGACGACCCGAUGUCCGCGGCCGGGGACUGCGGCCUGAUGGGGGGCGAGGCCGAGGGGUCGCGGAUCGACGCCAGCAAGAACGAGGAGGACGAGGGGAAGAUGUUUGUAGGAGGACUCAGCUGGGACACGACCAAGAAGGAUCUCAAAGAUUACUUCUCCAAGUACGGGGAGGUCGUGGACUGCACGUUAAAGCUGGACCCCAUGACGGGCCGAUCCAGAGGGUUCGGCUUUGUGCUCUUCAAAGACCCGGAGAGUGUUGACAAGGUCGCCUCACAGAAGGAACACAAACUCAACGGAAAGGUCAUCGACCCCAAAAAAGCCAAGGCCAUGAAGAGCAAGGAGCCCGUGAAGAAGAUCUUUGUGGGCGGCCUCUCUCCAGACACGCCCGAGGAGAAAGUCAGAGAGUACUUUGGUGCCUUCGGAGAGGUGGAGUCGAUCGAACUCCCCAUGGAGAACAAAACAAACAAAAGACGAGGCUUCUGCUUCAUCACGUUCAAAGAGGAGGAGCCGGUGAAGAGCAUCAUGGAGAAGAAGUACCACAACAUUGGACUCAGCAAGUGUGAAAUCAAAGUGGCCAUGUCAAAGGAGCAGUACCAGCAGCAGCAGUACUGGGGAGGCAGAGGAGGAUACUCGUCCAGGUCUCGAGGCAGAGGCGGCGGUCCAAAUCAAAACUGGAACCAGGGUUACGGCAACUACUGGAAUCAAGGCUACGGCAACUAUGGCAACUACGGUUACAAUAAUCAAGGCUACGGAGGCUACGGUGGCUAUGAUUACCCAAGUUACAACAACUAUUACGGAUACGGCGAUUACAACGAUCAGUCCGGCGGAUACGGCAAGUCGCCACGUCGUGGUGGUCACACCAACAGUUACAAGCCGUAUUAACGGGGGGGUGGGGACAAACCGUCGUCUUCAAGUAGCGGAGCUUCCUUGCAGGCCAUCAUGAGCUGACUCCCCAGAUACUCUCACAGGGCCCGCUCAAUGCGGACCGGGUACGAGAAGCAUACACGCUCUCGAAUGCUGCCAUUUGGUAUGGUCUUACAACAUCCUGUAUCAGCAUUUCUAAACUAAAAAAACAAAACAAAUGUGGGACACGUCCAGCUUUGUCAUCUUUCUUUCCAUUUUGUUUUUAAUUUGUUUGCAACAAUAUUUAAAUAUAUACACAUGUAAUUGUCAUUUUUUACAGGCCCUUUACUCCCCCAACAACCAGUUAAUGAUUUAUAAAUAUGAAAGAAUAACUUGUAAUAAUUUGUUUUUCAAAGGAUACGUACAGCAUUCUCUGGACUUCCCAGUUCCUAUUGUUAAUAUAUGCAUUUUCUAAUCUUAUCCUAAAAUGCUUGUUUCUUUAUUUAGCUCUUGUAGCCAGUAGUCCAUGAGCUAAAACCUGGUUCGUAGUUGGACUCCACACUCUGUGUUUUUAUACUUUGUGUACAUGUACUUGCUCCUCUCUUUUGUCUUACUGACAGCUGAUGGAAAAGACUCUUUCUCUUUUUGUUAAUUCUCCUGUAAUGAAUUUUCCUCUUUUUCUUAUCUAUAUCUAUAUUUAUAUUUAUAUAUAAAAAAAAAAGAAAAGAAAAAAAACAAACAAGUGUCACUACAUUUCCAGAAAAAAUUUGCAUGUGAUGCUUUUCUUUAACGUGUAUUUAUACUCAUUUAUUUUGCACAAAUCAAAGGUUUUUCUUCCAUUUUUAGUAUUUUCACUUCAGGAUUUCUAGCUUAUGGACUAACUGUGUUUUUAAAAAAAAAAAAGAAAUGUUAAAUUUAAAUGUUCUCAGUUUGUUUUUUGUCUUUUUAUUUUAUAAACACGGGGGAUUCCUAUAAUAUUUUUCCUUUUUCUAUAAUUUAACUUCUUCUCUUGUCCGUUUCUUCGUUCAAUCUCGAGCUCAUUUUGUUUCUGUUUGUUUUUCGUAGGUGUCAGAGUGAUGAAGCUGUGCAGCUUUGACCAGAGAGACAUGAUGAUGAUGGUACCCAGCAAAGAUCAGUAGCUGGACUGUAAGAGAAUAAAUGAAGAGAGCACUUUGACCUACAGCACAUUUCCUCAAUAUUUACCCAAGUAUUUGUUGUAUCUUUCAAAACAAGUUUUUAGAUGUUCGGUUAGUCCGUGUUCCACGUCUUGUUUUUUUUGUUGUUUUUUUUGUAUUUAUUGUUCUCAUACGCUUCUUUGUGAACUGCUUCGUUUAUUAUUAUACGACUGAAAUGUUUUAGAUUCAUUUGAGAACAGCUCACGUGUAUACGGCAGUACUGAGGUAGCAAAAAAGAUGAAAAUAUAAGCUGCGUUGUUACAAUUUAUCCUCUUUAUCAUCAGUCAUAUAAUACAUAUGUUAUUACAGAGUUUGACGUUCAUAAACAUAACGUAUAUAAUAUAUAUAUACACACACACACACAGGUAAUUAUACAUAAAGAAAUGCGACAAAAUAAAAAUAAUAAACACUCGUUUGGAUUUGCGAUCCUUUGUGGUGAUCUUAAAGAGUCGCGUUAACGACUGUUGGAGUGUUCAAAGUGUUUCAGCCACAGAAAACAGAUUCUACGUCAAUAUUUUUGAUCUUGAAAUGAUCAGACUCAUUAAAAUGUUUGUUUGUU